UAUGGCAUCAAGUUUUGAAUCCUCCAUUCAGAGAGGCUGUGAUUUCAUCUACGAUUUUGCCUGUUCUCCUUGCGAAGAAAAUGGACUAAACACGGAAGCUCAACAUUUCUGUAAUCAGUGCACGAAAUAUUACUGCGAUAAUUGUGUUUCAAUACAUAAUGGCUUAUACAACAGACAGUCGGUGCUUGAUAGGAAGGACGUUAAGAAUGGACGGCGGUACCAGGGAUGGUGGGGAAAAAAUAAAACAAGCAAUCGAAAUUCUGCAAAACAUGUCUAAUGUUGCAAAAUACAAUAUAAAAUUUCGUAAAAAUGAUGUAAUAGAAGAUAAUUUGUCGUCUAUGACGAAAUUUGGAAAGUUAAAUUAAUCGAAGGUAAACAAGUUCUUACAUCAUUUUUCUCCCGAGAUCAUGUAUUCACUACCCAUGGUUACAAGGAGUACAACGCGAAGAUGAGUACAGACACAGAAACAUGUAAUAUUGAAGGGAUAUGUGAGCUAUCUGGUGGAGAAGUUGUUAUUUCAGACUGGGGGAACUGUAAAGUGAAACUACUGGACCAGGAGUACCUGGUUGUGGGCCACUGUGAUGUCCCGAUGCAUCCAUUUGACGUGUGCCACAUUGGCGGGAAUGAGGUUGCCGUUUGUGUUAACAAUCUUGAUGAAAGACGCGAACUUCAUUUCAUUAACAUUUCAAAAGGGAAACUUGUGACUGCGAGAAAGUUAAGUUUUACCCAUAGCUGUUACGCCACAGCUCACCACGGGAACAAGCUGUACAUUUCAUCCUAUACCGCGCUGUACGUCUACACGAUGACGGGGAAGCUUGUAAAGAAGCUGUACGAGAAUAAGUCAGGUGAUUACACGGUGCAGAGAAUUGCCAUCAGUAACGACGGGAAGACUAUCUACAUCACAAACGACUCAAACCAUCAACUAAUCACCCUGGACAACCUCGGCAACAAGCUGACCACACUCACUAAUGUGAAGGGAUUGUGUACUUUUUGUUAUUAUUAUUAUUAUACUAGUCCUGACUUGGUGCGACCUUACGGAGUACACGCGACAACUGCUGGACACGUGUUUGUUUGUGGCUUUGAUUCUGACACAGUACUGCAGGUUGACAAGGACAGGAGGACGAAGUUGGCUACACUGGCCAGGGCACAAGACGGGGUGUACGGACCUUAUGCUUUCUUCUUCAGCAGGCGUACUUCCUCCGUGAUUGUUGGCGGAUUGAAAGACACGCUCCUCGGCAUCAAAGUACGAUGAAUAAUAACAAUAGAUCCACUUACUAGUGACAAAAAUAUAAUUUCAUUUAAUAUAACAGAUCAGUUUUUACUUUGACCUUUUUCGUGUACGUAUUUACCCUUU